GGUUCGUCCAGUCAACUUCCCUGAGAUUACCCUUUACCCCAAGAUUGAUACGGAGCACGUAGGGACCUUCCAUCUCGACUCUCCAGUCCCUUCCUCCACCAACAGAUGGAAUGUACGUACCGGUACUCUCUGAAGGCGAACGAGGCAGGAACGUUCCGACCAACGAUGGCAGGCACACUGGUACUUGAGCAAUUUGUCCAGGCAGGACCACAACAUCAGCUUUCGCUUCGCUGACAUUCUCUUCUUCCAUGACAAUCACACACUCGCUUUGCUCUUUUCUUUGGAUGCUAUUUUGUCUGAAUCCUUCCAGCCGUCAGCCGUCAGCCUUCAGCUACAACACUCGGCCCCCAACCUCUAAUUUCCAACCGCAUUGCUCUCCGCGUCCGAUCCCGCAUCCUUCUCUUCCAUUUCCAUCUGAGAUGCUACACACCACACCCUUCUUCACCUUCCGGCUCGCCUAAUCACCCUUGAACAGACCUCAGCGAUUCAACCACAUCACUACCCGACCUAAGUAUUCAUGCAGAUCUUAAAAAAAAAAAAAAAA